UGAUUACAAAUCAGUCGUGUUUUUAAUACGUUCACAAUUUCGUUGCGUUGCGUGCUACUUUAAAAUAUUUUCAAUAAUAAUCGUCUUCGUUAAAUCCUAUCUGCAGUGUCGGUGUGGUGAACAUAAUCUCUAGUGUUGUGAAAAAGACGGUGUUUUGUUUAUUACUCUUGAUAACAUGUAAUGUUUUUUGAAAAUGAAGUGCUAUUUCAAUGGUAGGUUCAGCAAAGGAACACCAAUAUUUGUCAAAAGAUAAGAAGUUUGCAAAAACGGUACAAUGGAUGAUGAUGAGGCAGACUUGCGCGAGCAGAUAUUCCACAAUAAUGUUAGGGAGCAAAUUAUUUUCCUUCUACUAUUUAUAUUACUAUACCUUGUGUCAUUCAUGCUAAUUGAAAAGUUCCGACGUCGAGACAGCGAGGAUUACUUUACUGGAGAUGAGGAUGAAGUGAAAGUUUACAGAAUCAGUCUUUGGCUGUGCACCUUUGCAUUAGCCGUGUCACUGGGCUCUGCUCUCUUACUGCCAGUAUCUAUAGUCAGCAAUGAAGUACUCAUACUAUACCCUAAUAGUUAUUAUGUCAAAUGGCUCAACAGCUCUCUCAUACAAGGGUUAUGGAACCACGUAUUCCUGUUUUCCAAUCUGUCAAUGUUCGUGUUCCUGCCUUUUGCAUAUCUGUUCUCGGAGUCGUCUGGUUUCCCUGGAUGUAGGGGACUGAAGGGCAGAGUAUACGAGACGUUCAUAGUCCUCGCGUUACUUGGUGUUGCUAUGCUGGGCCUGGCCUACGUCAUCUCAGCCUGGUUGGAAGGCGACAGUUCCAGUAUUGAUGCUUUGCUUAAUUUGUGGACGUACCUACCUUUCCUGUAUUCCUGUGUGUCGUUCGUUGGAGUUCUUAUGUUACUGGUAUUCACUCCGCUCGGCUUCGUGAGAUUGUUCGGCGUGGUGGGCGGGGUCCUCGUCAAACCUCAGUUCCUGAGGGAUCUCAACGAGGAGUACUACGUGUACUCUUUCGAAGAGGAUACAAUCAGGCGACGCAUCAACAAUGCUGUCUCUACAGGAGUGGGCUACAUAUCCCCCGAGCCCAUGUACCCUGACCGCGGUGACAUAUCAGCGCCAUUGGAUGCUGAUGUGUCCAUAACAAAGGACAGCCAGCGUGCUGCCGUGAAACGAGGCAAGGAGACACCCUUGCUUCGACUGAGGAACGGCGCCCUCCAGGCCGGACUGAACGACAGGCUGCACAGAGUCGUGGCUAUGAGGAAGGAGGUAGAAGGUCAACGCAAAACAUCGUCUCUCCAACGUAACGUGGUGUACCCACUGGCGAUGCUGUUAUUGCUAGCACUGACCACCAUUACCGUGCUCAUGGUGUUGCAAAACACCCUCGAACUGCUCAUCGGAAUCAAAGCCUUGCCCCUUAGUACACGGCAAUUCACGCUGGGCAUUGCGUCGCUGUCGAAGCUGGGGUGUGCGGGCGCGGUUCUGGAGGCGUUCCUGAUCGUGUACCUGUACGCCGCCUCCCUCACGGGGCUGGGCACGCCGCUGCGCGCGCUACGCUUGUUGCCACGCGCGCGCCGCACGCCGCUCGCGCGCAUUAUCGCGCAUUGCACGCUACUACUCGCCUACUCCACCGCGCAUCCGCUCCUUGUGAAAAUGCUCGGCAUAACGAACUUCGAUUUGCUGGGCGAAUUUGGGCGCAUCGAAUGGCUGGGGAACUUCAAGCUGGUUCUGUUAUACAAUGCCAUAUUCGCGGGCACGGUGACGCUGUGCCUUGUGAGCAAGUUCACGGCUAGCGUGAGGCGUGAGCUGUACAACAGAUUCAGGAGGAUUGCAGAUGUUUUCACUUUCCCAGAGGAAACAAAGACUAAAGUGAUUACAAAAGCUGCAUUAAAUGCAACACGAGCAUCAGUAGAAAGAAACAUGGUCAAUGUUGACACUGAAGAUGCCAAGACAAAAUGACAUUCGACAGCAGUAAAUGAAGGAAUAUAAUAUAAUAUUGUCCUUGUAGGUAACUGUUACGAAAACACAUUUUUUAUAUUAUUUUACAAAUCCUGUGUGCAGGAGGUAUUAUACUGUGCCAAAAACUUGCGUCAACUAGGAUAGGUUAGGUUAUAAUAGAUCUGUGAUCCUCAAUGAUUCAUCAAAUAUAGCUGCCUACCUACAAACUAUUUGUAAACAAAGAAAAAAGCGUUAAAAUAUUAUUAUUAUCUUCUAUGUAAAAAGAUAUCUUUACGUAUAAAUCAAUCAGUCCCAGAGAUGAUAUUAGUGAUACUGUUUAAAUAAAGCAAGAAACAACAUCGGCUGCACGGUUGGCGCAGUGACUGAGUUACUGGCUGCUGUGUAUCAUUUCGCGGGUUCGACACCCAGACCCGAAACAAAAAUUUGUGGAUCAUACAAAUCGAAUUAAAAUAGGUACCGACAAAAUACAGAACAAUGGUGUUAGUUUCGUACCAGUUACCUAGAAAGAUAGAAAAGCCAUUGGAAACCAGGUACGAAACCUCGGUUUCCUACGCGGCGGAAAGAGAUGAUAGAAUGUGUCCGUUC